AAGUCAGUCGGGGUGGAGAAACCGACUCGAAACGUUAGCUGUGCUUUUCCCUCCGCAUAUGCUGCCAGACCUGCUGAAUACCUAGAGCACUUCGUGGUUUUGUUCAUUUUAGAUCUCCAGCAUCCGCAGUUGUUUGUUUUAUUUUAGGUAGUAGCUGUGGCCUGCCGACUGUGGAACAUUUCAAGUUCCGCUCCCUUAAUGCACGACGAUGCGCUGGUUUCUGCUGCUCUUGUGUUUUCCCAGCAUCCGGUUUGCUUUGCCCGGACGUUGCAGUGUACAGCAACCGCUUCGUUUCCAGCUUCCGAGCAACAUGAUUCGAGGGGCAGCUGCUGCUGCUCAUUCAGAGAACCUCUUCCAGCAGUUUGUUUGGAAGUAUAAUCGCAGCUACGCGGCAGGAAGCCCCGAAUUCGUUCACAAAUACAAAGUAUUCCUGGAAAGCAUACAGAGACACUACUCUCUGAAUCUUAUUUCUUCAAUCUUGUUGAAUGAAAGUGGCUCCGCUAUUUAUGGAAUCAACCAGUUCUCCGAUAUGCCACCUCAUGUAUUUAGAGCAACAUAUUUGAGUUCAAGAUCAGUGCAACUUCCGAAAUAUACAUCAGUUCUUAAGGAUACCAAGACACGAGCAUUACCACCAAAAUUUGACUGGAGAGACAAGAAUGUUGUCACACCCGUGCGAAAUCAAAAAUCUUGCGGUGGAUGCUGGGCAUUCAGUGUUGUGGAGAGUAUUGAAUCUUCAUGUGCAAUCGAAGAGGGACACCUGGAGUUGCUCAGUGCACAAGAGGUUAUAGAUUGUUCUUUCAGGGAUGCAGGUUGCAAAGGUGGCUCGCCCAUCAGUGCCCUGAUGUGGCUAAAUCAGAGCAAAGCAAAACUGGUGAAAGAGUCAGAGUAUCCUUUCAAUGCACAAACUGGAAUAUGCCAUUACUUUUCAAGGUCUACAUUUGGCAUUGCUAUCACAGGUUUUAAAGCAUAUAGCUUCAGAUAUAAUGAAGAUAUUAUGAUGGAGAAACUGUUGGAAUGGGGUCCGUUGGUGGUGGUCGUGGAUGCAGUAAGUUGGCAGGACUAUCUUGGUGGCAUUAUUCAGCAUCACUGCUCUCAAGGCAAGUCAAACCAUGCAGUAGUGAUCACUGGUUAUGACACGACAGGUGAUAUUCCUUACUGGAUUGUACGGAAUUCAUGGGGAACCAAAUGGGGAAUUGAUGGCUAUGUAUACAUCAAAAUGGGAAGAAAUAUUUGUGAUUUACAACAACUACAGUAUUUUGCUUUUGACCUGUUAAUAAAUCACUUGAACAGGUCACUACUAUAGUUUUCAGUUGAGAGGAGCGAGAAGAACAAAGGCAUUGCUGAUUCAGUUGCUGUAGCAUUUGUAUGAGAAGAAAUAGAUGUUCCCUGGAUCUUGGUCUGCCUACAGGACAGCCUUUUACCGCGAACUGAAUUUAAGAUGAAGAUAGCCCAAUUCCUCCACAUCCCCCAUUGUGUAACCUAUGCCGGAACCCAACUGAUAUUCCUUCAUUUAAAUCAAUGGAAGAAAUUUUGGUGAAUCACCUCAUAGAAUCAUGCUUGGACCUACCUGAUUUCUUAAUAACUGCUGUGGACAAGUUAGCACAGACAAGAAUGUUUCAUCCUACAUCUUCUGGACCCUCUGCUGACAGUGUUGAACCUUAUACAGCUCAAGCUGGCAUAAAGAAAGUUGUCAAUGCUAUUCCACCAUUUUCUGAAAUGCACUGACACUGGCAAACUACCUCACCGCAGAGCAGUCUUAAAAUGUUUACACCAAAAUGCCUUAGUAUUAAGUUAGGUAUUAGCAUCUCUUGUCAGUAUUCAUGAUAUUUAUUAUCAGAGAAUCCUAAAGUUGCUUAAUUUGUUUUACACAGAAAUUUGGAGCUCUUUUGUGUUGCUGUUUACUAAUUCAUGUGAUUGCAUUACCAAAGUUUAUGAUAAUUUUUAAUAUUUUAAUGAAUAUUUUAUUGUAGCAAGGAAUAUAUGUAUAUUUACACUAAUGUAGUCUUUCUAAAUUUUAAAACUGUUUUCAGAUGACAAUAUUUCCAUGGAAGUUUCGAAUGAGCAGCUUGUGAGUACAAUUGUUGACCUUCCCAUUUUGUUGAAUGCAGUACAAAAGGGACAAAAUGACAACCUUGCCUGGCAACAUAGUUCAAUGCACUAAAAGUGAUGGUAAUUAACCAAAUGAUUGUUCCCAAUCUUCAUUCCUUACAAACUAUGAUACCACAAUACACUCAAUGUUUUUUGAGUUCAUUACCUUAUGCACGUACUUUUUAAUUUGUGUACACUGCUCAUAAAAUUGGUCAAAAUUAAAUUUAACUUUGAUCACCUGAAAGAUAGAAAACGUAUAGUUCUCUUUUUGAAGAUGUCCAAAUUGACUUCUGGGUCUAUUUUUAUGAUUAGUUUUGAUAAGGAUGCGAGUACUGCUGCUUAUUUAACUGUUUUUUUUUAAUCUUGUUACAAAUAGAUUCAUAGUUAUACAGCUCGGAAACAGACCUUUCAGUCCAACUCAUUCGCGCCGAGUGGAUACCCUAAACUGAUCUAGUCCCAUUUUACCGCCUUUGGCCCAUACCCCUCUAAACUCUUCCUAUUCAUGUAUCCAUCCAGAUGCCUUUUAAAAUUGGUAAUUGUAUCUGCCUCCACUACCUCCUCUGGCAGCUUGUUCCAUACACUCACCUGAGUCAUAAAAAUCAGUGCAGAGAAAGGCCCUUUGACCCACUGUGUCCGUGCCGGUCAAAAACACCACCUAACUAUUCUAAUCCCAUUUUCCAGCUCUUGGUUCAGAGCCUUGUAUGCUAAUAUGCAUUUAUUCCACAAGAAUGCAAAACAAAAAAUGGCAAGAACAUUCCCUAAGUGCUAUAGUAACUAAAUGAACUUCUAUUUUCUUCCCUACCUACUGUCAUCUUGUCAUUUUCCUUUUUUCCAUUCCGGUUAGUGCUGCUUCCCAGGACUGCCAUGCACAAGGUGGGAGAAGGCCUGAGGUAGCAGUGUCAAAGGCUCCAAGGUCUUGAGAUGAAGAAAUAGGGCCUAAUAAUGUCACUCCCAAUCCUGUGCACCUGUUACUUAAAACCUGUAAGCUCUGUUGAUCACUGUGGCUCUGUUCAGUGCUUAACCAUCUCUCUGGUGCUGCAGUAACAAACCUAAAACCAAGUACUGACAAGCUUCCUAAAUAUGAGUAAUUAGGAAAAUAGGUCAUGGUUAAGACAACAUAUGAAGGAUGGGCUGAACAUCAAUGAAGAAAGUACCACUUCUGAGUAGUGAAGACAAUUGUACUAAAUUCCUUUGUAUUUGCUGAAGUAGUUUUGGUUUUGCCAAAGCCUUCUCUACAAGCCUUUUAGAAUUACCAUAUAACUUCUGGUUUAUUGAAACUGUAGCAAUGACAAAUGUGUUCCCACCUAUAGAGCGUUGAAUGUCAGUGGGACAGUCAGCAAUGAGCAUUGCUAUUCUUCUCUUGGGAGGAAAUCCUGCCUUGGCCACUGGCUCUAUAAUCACACCAAAACAUGAAGUGUGCUAGACUGGGGCUGCAGAUGGUGCCCAGUGUGUAUGUCUCCGCAGCCCAAGAGUUGGUAGGGGUGAGGUUCUUAGGGCAAGGAAGGGGAAGUGAGGCAGAGAUAUGGAGAUGUUAGUAGAGAGGCUGGGCAUACGAGAAUACCCACAGCGGUUAGAAAUUGGGAGAGGGUGGUGAUAUCAAUGUUGGAAAGAGGUUGUAAUGGAUGUUUUCAACUCUUUCUGCUCACAGUCUGAACAGGGUCACUAUCCAUGUCUCCCUUCUACCCAAUUCUGAACCUCUCCUUGCAGACUGAAAUUUGAGGCUGAGUGGGAAAUGUUAAGUUGUCAUUAAUUUGCCACUUAAGGGCCUCAAUUUGAUCAGGAGCCCAGUGUUAAGACAAUCCAGCAAGGGGGGUAUAUAAUUCUGCCCAAUGGAUUUAAGGAAUGUGAUACCUAUAAGACUGCGAUUUGUUUAGCACAAAUCAGUCACAAAACUUGUUCAAAAGUAUUUUUUUGACAGAGAAACACUGUUUGCUGUGAUGAUCGUAAAAAAAAACUAUCAAAAUAAAGUACAAUAUAUUUCAAACUAAAAACAGAAAAUGCUGGAGAAAUUCAGCAAGUUUGGUGGCAUCUGUAGCGAGGGAAGCAAACUUGACAUUGGCUGUAAAAGGGCGGCAUGGUGGCUCAGUGGUUAGCACUCUGCCUCACAGAGCCAGGGACGCGGGUUCAAUUCCAC